UUAAUUAGUUCAGCAAUUCCUAUCCAUAUUAUGGACUCACACUGCUCGGCGAGUCGACUCGUUCUAGUCGCCUUCUUCCUCGUUUGCUUCUUCGCCGGCGAUUCAUCGGCGACGAGACCUGCAGGUUUCUCUUACACCAGACACAGAGGGCGAUGCACGCCGCAGUAUUGGAGCAGCAGGAGGGAAGCAUGGCCGAGGAUGGUGCCGGAGAGAUCGACGGUGGAGAAAAUGUUCGGAGUGAUGGUGGCGAAAGAGCGUUGGAGAUCUGAUCUGACGCUGGUGGAAUCGACGGCUAGGAACGACGAGGAAGGUAACGCGUACGGUGCGUUGCUGAAGCAGGGGAUCGCAGCUCUCCUCAACUCUUACGCGAGGAGAAGCUUUUCUUACGCGCCAUGGGAGGUUAAGACGAUGCUCAUUCAGGCCAUGAUCUCUGAGCCUGCCGCUCGCCGCCAAGCCCAACAGUUCGCCGCCGCUAACGUCGCUUGUGUCUAAUCUCCAGACAUCAACACAAAAGGAGCUAGAUUGUUUACUUUGUCGUCGUUCUUUAGCUUCGAUUUCUAGCUUCUCGUCGUCGUGUAGCCAAGUUUGAUUCCGACUGAAGAAAAAAAAAACAGAGUUCCUCUCUCUACUCUAUCAGUCACUAUGUUAUGAUUUCAAAAUCAUCA